UACCGCGCUAUAAGUGAGGGAGCCUACGAGAGGAGAGUUUCAGUUAGAGUUCAGGCUGAUACCACGGAGAUCGGGUCCAUUACGUCUAGGUAACGUUGUUCACACUGGUGCAUAUCUCUGCCACGGUGCGGAGUAUAAGACUGUUUUUGAAGUAACGAUCCGAAAUCCGAUCAGGAAAAAAAAUUGUAGAAAACCAGUUUGGGCAUUUGAAAAAAAAAAAAAAUUGCCUAACCUUGCAAAAAAAUUUUUUGACCACAAAUUCAAAAUGGAAGUCGAAGUACCCUUAUGGCUGAAUAGGGAGUUCGCCGAAGGAAUUUUGCGAAAAUCUGAAAACGACGAUACCAUACGUGUUACGAAAAUAGCUGUAAAGGCCGCUACCAGUAAAGGGGACAAUUACACGAGCGACAUGUAUCGCCUGACUCUGGAGAUUACAAGGGUGAUGAAUUCCAGGGAGAUCACGAAGAAGAUGUCGGUGCUGGUGAAAGUCGCUCCGACGGAGGAAGGUGCACGUCCACAAAUGGUCGAGGACGCCAGACUGUUCCACACGGAAAUAUCGAUGAUGAACGACACCUUAAGGAAAAUGAAUAAACUCCUGGGACCGAACGAUCGGAUUUCGAGCGACUGCAUCUUCACUCGUAUCGAGACGCCCCCGAUUCUCGUAAUGGAGGACCUGGCCCCGUUGGGAUUCCGUAUGGCAAAUCGUGAAAGAGGACUUGACUUGGAGCACUGUCUGCUGACAAUGCGUGGACUGGCGAAAUACCAUGCGAGCUCCGUGGCACUGUGCGAAGUGGAACCAAAACACAAGAGCAUGUACACCCGUGGCAUGUUCAACGCUGAGCAUCCGAAGGAGAUGGCUGACUUUUUCGGACUCAGCGUGAAGAACUUUGCUGAGAAAAUGGCCAAUUGGCCUGAUGUCGAUUCCAAGUAUUCUCAAAAGCUUUUACGCUUCUCGGAAGACGCGUAUAGGAAAGGCGUCGAAGCUGCGGCGACGGUGGAGGACGACUUCAAUGUGAUAACCCACGGCGACUGCUGGGUGAAUAACAUGCUGUUCAGUUACGACGAUAGUGGGAAAGUUACCGGCCACAUAUUUGUCGAUUUUCAAAUAUCAUCGUGGGGAACUCCCGCGCUGGAUUUACAAUAUUUUAUGAACACGAGUCCCUCCGAAGAAGUGGACAUCAAUCAUCGCGACCUUCUUCUGGAGGAGUACGCUAAAACACUGUCAACCAUGAUGACACGCUUAGGAUGCAAGACGGCAGUGCCGAGCUUAGAAAAGAUAAAAGCGGCCAUGAAGCGUGUCGCUGUAUGCGGAAUGCUCUCGGGGUUAACUAUAUUUCCUUUAAUUGUGGCGGAUAAGAAUGAGAUCAAGACCAUGAAUGAACUAAUGGAAGACAAAAGCAGUCCAGCGAUCGAGAACGAGUAUUUCCGUAAGGUCAUCACUAGGAGACUUCCGGAAUACGACGCGCAGGGACUGCUUGAUCUACGAGUUACCCGUGUACCAAGCUACCAUUAUCUCCUCACUAUAAAUACGUCGACACCAGCAACGAAGUUCAGUAUCGACUCCAGACCGUAUGAAGUGUUGCUGGGUAUUAUCAGCAACAGCGACUGCUUGAAUGAAGUUUUACCAGCAAAAUCAAGAACAAAAAAUUUGAGCUAUCAAUCAAAAAUGACCGACAAGGUACCAGCAUGGCUGGACAAAGAGUUCAUGCAGGACAUUCUGAGGAAGUCCGAGGAGGACGAGACGAUAUGGAUAAAGAACAUGAACGUGAAGAGGGCCACGAGUGAGGGUGACAAUUAUUCGAGUGUCAUCUAUCGUAUACGGGUGGAACUGGUGCGGAAGGGUGAAACGAGCGUGACGUCACUGAUUGUGAAGACGACGCCAACGGAGGUCGACGAGUUUUACAAGGAGAUGAUCGAAGACCAGAGAAUAUUCGAUCUGGAGACUUCUAUGAUGAAGGACACCCUGCCAAAGAUGAAUCAGCUGCUUGGCGAUGAAGAUCGAGUCUCGGCACGGUUCGUCUAUGCUAACCUCGAACAACCGAUUUUACUAGUUAUGGAGGAUCUGGCUCCUUUAGGAUUUCGCAUGGCGGAUCGUCAAGGCGGACUCGACCUGGCUCACAGUCUACUGGCGAUUCGUCAGCUGGCCAAAUUUCACGGGAGUUCCGUUGCCGUUUGCGAGGCGGAACCGGAGCAAAUAGGCCUGUACCAGAUUGGCAUGUACGGAAAAGACCAUCACAUGGUACAUAACUUUUUCAGUUCGAACGUGAAGCUUCUCGCUGAAAAAAUGGCCAAUUGGCCGGAAUUGGAGCGAUACGCCAAAAAGAUUUUAAAAUUUUCCGAAGACAUUUAUCGGAAGGCUAGUGAAAUCGCUACGGUACAGAAGGACGAUUUUAAUGUACUGACUCACGGUGACUGUUGGGUAAACAACAUGCUGUUUCGCUACGAUGACAGCGGAAAACCGGUUCAGCAAAUAUUUGUUGACUUUCAAAUCCCAUCGUGGGGCUCACCAGCCCUGGACCUGCAAUACUUCAUCAACACAAGUUUAUCCCUCGAUGUCGAUCUUAAACAUCGAGAUCUUCUACUGCAGGAAUACAGAAAGACACUCUCCUCCACGAUGACUCGUUUCGGGUGCAAGAGAUCACCGCCAACCGAACCAGAGCUGGCAGCGGCCAUGGACCGUCUUGAAGUUUGCGGAAUGUUAGCGACCUUCACGAUAUUGCCAAUCAUUUUGGUGGACAAGGACGACGUCAAGAGCUUAAAGGAGAUAAUGGAAAAUAAAAAUAGCUCUUCGUUCGACAACGACAGACUGCGCAAGGUGCUGCUCAGGAGAGUUCCGGAAUACGAGAAAAAGGGUCUGUUGGAUUUAUUAAUAGUCAUCCAAAAAAAAAUAAUGACCGUGCUAUCGUGGAUGAACAAGGAAUUCCUUGAGGAUAUUUUGAAAAAAUCCGAAAAGGAUAGUACGAUCAGCGUUACGAAAUUCGAUAUAAAAAUUGCUACCAGCGCAGGUGACAAUUAUGGAAGUGAGGUCCAUAGAAUUCAAGUAGAUAUAAAUCGCGGGGAUAAAUCGGAAAAAAUUUCGUUAAUCAUGAAAACGAUGGUAACACAGAUACCAGAGCUUAUCAAGAUGGUCGAGGAAUCGGGAGUAUUUAUAAAUGAAAUUACCAUGAUGACGAACACCCUGAAGAAGAUGAACGAACUUCUGGAACCUGAUGAACGAUUAUCACCCAGACAUAUUUAUGCGAGUCUGAAGAUACCCGUCCUGAUUAUGGAAGAUUUGACGCAAUUAGGAUUUCGCAUGGCGACUUCUCACAAGAGACUCGACUUGGCACACAGCUUAUUGGCAAUUCAAAAUUUGGGCAAGUUCCAUGCGACUUCACUUGCAGUCUGUGAGCAGGAUCCAAAACACAGGACAUUGUACACAAAAAAUAUGUAUCUUCAAAAACGACCAGAGAUGGGUGAAAUGUUCUCUAUUGCCAUUAAUCAAGUCGGUAAGAACAUCGCUGAUUGGCCUGAGUUGGAUCCAAAAUAUAGCGAGAAGGUAAUAAAAUUCGCACCACAUUUCUAUCGAAAACUGGGGGAAGCCUUAGAGCCAAUGGAAAGUGACUUCAAUGUGAUAUUACACGGCGAUUAUUGGAUCAACAAUAUGCUAUUUCGUUAUGACAAAUUUGGAGAACCGACUGAGCAUAAACUUAUUGACUUUCAAAUGUCCGUCUGGAGCUCGCCUGCUGCAGACUUGCAGUAUUUCAUAAACACCAGUGUACCUGAUGAUGUGUAUAUCAAUCAUGGUGAUCGAUUACUGAAGGAAUACAGACGAUCACUCUUGAUUACCAUGAAACGAUUGGGAUGCAAAACACGGACGCCGACGCUGCCAGAGCUACAAAAGGCUAUGAAACGACUGGAAAUUUUUGGCCUAUUUGCAACCUUUAUAGUACUACCUUUAAUAAUUUUCGAGAAUAAAGCCAAUCUAAACAUGAAGGAACUAAUGAAAGAACAAAAUAACGUAACAUUACAAAAUGAACUUUACCGUGAGAUACUCGUUAGAAGAAUUUCUGAAUUUGAAAAAAAUGGACUACUCGAUGUGUGAAGAUUACAACGAAUUGGCGAGGCACUUACGAAAAUUUAACAAUAUUCUUGUAAUACUUUAAACGGCUAAUUUUUUUAAUUUAUGACAAAUUUUAUAACAAGUGUAAUGCAACUUUGUGUCAUCAUACCUGAUACCUGGUGAAUUUUUGUUAGCCAAUAUGAAAUGACUGGAAAGAUAUUGCAAUUUUUAUCAUUCUCUUCACGGUCGUGCGCAUCUUGCGCGAUUAUUGACAAAUAACCUUCAAAAUGUAUUCAGAUUGACAUCAAGAGAAGAACUACGUAUACACUGUAAUUUAUAUAUGAGAUUGAGCGUGUAAAAAUAGAAAAACAAACUGGAACACUUAAUAGUAAAAUAGUAAAGGUAAAUAAUAGAUUAGAUUAUUAUUAUCUCUCAGUAUUUCAAAAGAACACUCACCUUAAUGGCUUUUUAAAUUCUGAUCUAAAUAACGUUAUGGCAGUUAAUAGUUUUUAACUGUCAGUUAAAAUUGUUCCAUAAAUAAAAUUAACGUUUUUGUGAAAAUGCA